AACGCUAAUUUUUUACAAAAAUGAAAACACAAAAAGCACAGAAUUUAAUUUUUUUUUUUCCAAUUUUACCAAAGGAAAAAGUUAGAAUAUAUUCGAUUAUUAAAGUCAGAAGCAACAAUGGGUCAUGAUAAUAAUCAGUUAGCCGACCCACAUGUCACUUUUUUAGUUAGUAAUAAUAAAAGUUGCUUCUUUUUCUUGUCAUUUUUCUGCAGAAUCUGUCAAUGGAAGCUUUGAUUUUCAAGAUCAGGCUUAUUAUUCUUUCUUGGGUACAUUUAAGAUCUCAUUCAGGUCCAAUAUCGUUGGUGAAACACUAUUCUUAUAAAGAUAUAAAGAAAGCAACUGAUGGUUUUAGGAGAUCUAUCUACAACUCUUCCAAAAGAGUUGCUUACAGAGCAAAGUUUCAAAAUGGCCAUGCUGCAAUUGUGAAAGAAGUCCGAGCUUUCGAAGAUAAGGAUGAUGCUGCCUUCUACAGGGAGGUACAGUUACUCGGUCGCUUGCAUCAUCGACAUAUUGCUGCACUUAAUGGGUUCUCUAGUGGUCCUAAGAGGUUUCUAGUCUUUGAAAAUAUGGAAAAAGGAAGUCUAAAGGAACACCUCUCUGAUCCUCUGAUGACACCAUUAAACUGGAGGAUAAGACUGCAAAUAGCAGUUGGGAUAGCUGCCGCUUUAGAAUAUCUCCACUUCUUUUGUGAUCCACCGAUGUACCACGUUUCAGUCAGUUCAAGUACCAUCAUGCUGGACGAGAACUUCACAGCUAAACUCUGUGAUGUUAGCCUCCUUUGUUCUGGCGAGAACAACAAUCCAAUUCCUACUUCUAAAUGCUCCAAAGAAUGUAGAGAUGAAAUCUGCAAACAUACAAUCUUCCAGCUUGGUUUGCUGAUCCUCGAGUUAGUCACCGGUCAAUCCUCAGAAGAUGGAGGCGUUGACUUAGUUCAAUGGGUUCAAGAUUCUCGUCUCCGAAGAAGAUCCAUUCACCAGAUGAUUGAUCCAGAUCUCGGAGACAACUAUGAUUUCAGAGAGCUUAAAGGUCUUUUGGCAGUUGCCAAAAUGUGUGUACAAUCUGUUCAUAAGCCUAAAGUAAAGACCCCUCAAAUUCUGUGGUAUCUCCAAAAGAAAUUGGGCAGGACUCGAGUAGUAGUAUACUGAUGACUGGAGUCAUGUGUUUACAAGGUGUUCACAAAUACAGAUAUCAUUGCUUCUGUGAGUAGACAGUUUUUUUUUUCUGCAAGUAGUCUACUUAGAGCCCUGGCGUAAGCGGCAAAGUUGUUGUGGGGGUCAAGCUUCGGAAACAGCGCUUGCAGAAAUCCAAUUUAUUGUUAGGCCAUGUAUAAUAUACCCUUGUGGUCUAGCACUUUCCGGAACCGUCAACAUAGUGAGAGCUUAGUACAUCAAGUUGUCCAUUAGUCUGCUUUUUAACAUUGAUUUAUGAGAUUAGAUCUCUUCAUAGAAACAAGAUCCUUGUUGAGGAUGUGCAUACUAGAUCACUCCAAAAUAAGACUCAUAGAUCCUUGUUGAGGAUGUGCAUACUAGAUCACUCCAAAAUAAGACUCAUAUUAGACUGCAUCUGAAUAUAGUCCAGUUUUUUAGUCAUCUUGUAAUAAGAAAACAUUCGGCAGAUCAAAAUUAGGUGUGAGUUAUCUCCCCUUGUCUUUCAUGUAUUGUAUCAAAUUCAUUGAUAAUGAGAUGGAAAAAAUCUUCCUUCCUUAUUUACUGGCA